AUGGUUACGAAAUACUUAAAUCAUCUGUCGACGUCGAACUAUUUAGUUGAAAAGUUAAACACAGGAGGAAGUUUUAGCUCGUUUCGUUUAACAGUACCAAACACCGUAUUAGAUACCAUAAUGAAGACCCAAAAUUGGAACUGUGGCGUCCGUCUCAAGACGUGGAUCUAUAGAAGGCCUUCCGGAUACGUCAGAUCAUGCUCAUGGGGGUGUUGCCAUUCUGUUUUGGAUGAUCUUAGAAGUUCUUUUAUCCCUGUCGAUCUGAAGCCUUAUACCACCGAGCUGUCAUUGGAAUGCUGUGCUGUAGAAUUAGUAACAAACAAAGCAAUAUUCAUAACAUUAUAUCGAACAGAUGCCGGACCACUGCUUGUUACUGAAGAAGAGGAAGGAGAAGGCGAACAGACUCGAGAAUUUCCAGAAAUUCCAUAA